GACGUGUUCUAUGGUUUGAGAUAUUGGUGAGCGCUGUGCCGCACGCGUGAGCCUUGUUUCUUGUCUCUUCAACUUUUCUCACCGUGAGUGGUGUCUUGUCUACCGGCCGACUCCGUCUGCGACUGUCUUGCAGUACCUUGCAGCCCUCACACUCCUUCGCUCUGUCUGAUUGCGCACUGGGCCUGCGGCAGUGACGACGACGACUAUCAAAUAGUCCUUCCCUCCUUUGCAGCGCAAACCGCACUUUCCUGUCGCGACUUCACAAGUGCUAUAUCGUCCGCACCGAAGUCAACACCACGGUCCUUACAGCUUAACCCCCAAACAGCCUCACCUACACUCGUUCCCGCUGCAUGCACACCAUCUCGCAAGCAAUGCAGCGUCGGUAACCCUACGCACCGUCAUCCUAUACAGCACGCCUGCUACCACAAUACGUUAGUUCGCAAUCCUAGGACGAUAAACGAAUACACGAAUACGGGUUCGCCUACACAUCCACCAACAUGUUUGUCAGAUCACCUCGCAGAUUUGCGAUUCUUUCCAUCGUAGCGUUUGUUUUCAUAUUAGUCGUGCUGCAGCAAAGCCCGUGGGCGAAAGAGAGAGUGUACGAGCAGGUGUCGCUGCUCAACGAGGCAUACAAGAACCAUCUGGAGCCGAUACCGAACAACAGUCCGGAGCAGUCACAAGCACAUCUUGAAGAUGCGUGGCAGCAUGCUGUUCCGGCGGCGACACCGAGUCCGAGUCAGACGGUGAAGAGCCCGUCAGUUGAGCCGGUGUCGAGUACGAAGCCGCAUCCGCCGUGGAGAACGGCGCCGAGCAGGAUUGGCAAUUUCAUUCCUCCGUUCACAAGACCAACGAAUAUGAAGGAGUACAUGAAGAAGAUGCUCAAGUGGGGGAGACCGAGCUGGGACGGUCACUGGCCACCGUUCUCAGACUACAUCGGAAAGGAGUACGAUCCCAAUCGGUGGGAGCAGUUCGAUAUGGACUUCAGCAUUUACAACGCUGGGCACGACGAUUUGAACAGCACCUUAGUGCAUAGUCCGAUCGCCUAUAAGCCGUUCCCAAAGUACAACAAUCCUGAGUGGCGAGAGAAGUGGCAUGGCGAGUACGUGCCUUGCAUUGGACCCCGAGGCGUUGCGCUGAAUGAGAGUACGGAUGAUGAGGUUCAAGCUUAUCGCGGCCUGCCUCAUGGCUUUCCCAAGGCGUAUGCUGGUGGCUACGACGUCAUCGGCCUUGACGAGGAUGUCUGUUUCGACCGGUACUCGCGCUACGGCCCCUACGGAUAUGGCGAUGACCAGUUUCCUGAGGAGGUCAAGGACUGGAGGGCACCUGGGACGGUUCCCGAGUGGGAGGAGGUGAAGUGGGGCGAGUUGCAGGAUCUGUGUCUCGAGAUCAACAAGAACCGCUAUCGACCCGAGGCGCGAUCGCCUAUUGUCAAGAUCCCAAGUACCGCAUUGCCCGAGCCUGCAGCUGCAUCUUCAGCCUUCGCGAUCCCCACCGAUACCAGCCACAGCAACCUGGAGAACCGAGGCAAGCACGAAAAGAAGUAUCACCACCGUACCGCUAUUCUGAUCCGCGCUUGGACUGGUUACACUUACGAAGAAAACGACAUCACCGCUAUUCGCGCCAUGGUCUCUGAGCUUUCGCUUCAAUCUGGAGGUGAAUACGCGGUCUUCCUCUACGUGCACGUCAAGGAUCGCGAGCUCAAAAUAUUCGAAGACCAGGCGCUCUAUGACAAAGUGCUCAAAGAGAACGUACCCGUAGAGCUCCGCGAUAUCGCCGUUCUAUGGUCUGAAGCUAUCUUUCCAAACUGGUAUCCUAAGGUUAUGGAUUGGCAGGUCUAUUGGCAGCAGUUUAUGUGCCUUCAAUGGUUCAGUCUUACGCAUCCCGAGUUCGAUUUUGUCUGGAACUGGGAGACAGACGCACGUUACACAGGACACCAUUACCACUUCUUCGAGAAGAUCAGCGAAUUCGCAGACAAACAACCUAGGAAACUUCUCUGGGAGCGCAACAAACGCUACUACCUACCCGACGUCCACGGAGACUACCAAUCCUUCGUCGAGCAAACUCACAAAGACGUCCUCAACGCGUCAGUCAACUCCCUCAUCCCAAACCCAGUUUGGGGUCCACGACCCUGGGCACGCGCCGACCCGCCUCAGAAGCCCCUCGGCCCAACACCACCGACAAGCUUCGAAGACGACGACUUCACAUGGGGCGUCAACGAGCCUGCCGACUUCAUCACCCUGCUUCCCAUGUGGGACCCGCGCAACACAACAUGGUCCUACAAAGACAAGAUCUGGAACUACCUCCCCAACAUCCGUCCCAUCUUCACCCCACAAGACGGCCAAGCAGACUGGUUCACACACCCAGAUUUCGAGCACAUCGACCGCCGCGUCUUCAUCAACACAGUCGUACGAUUCUCGAAACGCAUGCUCCAGGCCAUGCACGAAGAGAACCUCGUCGGACGGAGUAUGCAGGCAGAAAUGUGGCCGUCGACCGUCGCUCUCCAACACGGCCUCAAAGCCGUAUACGCCCCGCACCCCAUCUUCAACGACCGCCACUGGCCCGCCGCAUACACCGAAGCCAUCUUCGACGCCUCGUCCACCGUCAACGAACUCGGCGGUCCGGUCGAAUCGAGACAAGGCGCGUGGUGCGAGGAAGCCGAUUCACCGUAUAACCACGACCGCGAGUUCAACUUCCAGGGGUGGAGCUGGUACUAUGCAUCCAGAUUCCCGAGGAAUCUGUAUAGGAGGUGGUUGAAUUGGCCGAUUAGCAAGCAGAGAUGGGGCGAGGAGGAGCAUACGGACGGUGGUCCGGGGAGCGAUGGCAGGCUUGAGGAGAAGAGGAUGUGUUUGCCGGGGAUCUUGUUGCAUCCGGUUAAGAAGAUGAAGAGAGAGCUUGUUAAGCCAUGAGUUCCAAUCGUACAGGAGGGCUCUGGUUAUGAGGGGGGUGUUGAAGGGGGGGUUUUUUUUUUUUUGGAAACGAUGGGACGGAUGCAAAAGCAUCAUAUAUAUCUGGCACAUCUUCUUUUCUUACGGACGCUUGCUGUCUGCUGGUUCGGUCAAGUUUGGAUUCGAG